AUGGCGGACGUGAUGAAGAAGCCGCUGGUCGAGCCGCCGAUGCCGCCGGCUCACAAGAACUCGCUCAACGACUCGAUCGGCAUCGACACCAUACGCACCAUCGAGCUGAACGGCCAUGUCGGCUUCGACGCCAUGCCUCACCAGCUCGUCCGGAAAGCCGUCGACCAGGGCUUUCAAUUCAACUUGAUGUGCGUGGGCGAGACGGGAAUGGGCAAGACCACGCUCAUCGAGUCACUUUUCAACAUGAAGCUCGAGUUUGACGCUUGUGAACACGAAUUGACCACUGUCGAGUUGCGCUCGAAGACUUAUGAAGUCUAUGAAGGUGGGAUUCGCCUGAAGAUGACCAUCAUCGAGACGGCUGGCUUCGGGGAUCAGCUUGACAAGGAGAAAAGUGCCGGCGUGAUUGUGAAGCACAUCAACGAGCAGUUCGAGAAGUACUUAAAAGAAGAAUUGAAGAUUCGUCGCCAAAUGCACCACUACCAAGACACCCGAGUGCAUGCCUGUCUCUACUUCAUAUCGCCGACCGGACAUGGACUAAAAGCGCUGGACCUCGUGACGCUGCGAGAACUCAGCAAGCGCGUCAACGUCAUCCCCGUCAUCGCCAAGAGCGACACCAUCAGCAAGGAUGAAUUGGCCAGAUUCAAGUCGAAGAUUCUUUCCGAACUGACGCAGCACAAAAUCGAGGUCUACCGCUUCCCCACCGACGACGAGACGGUGGCCGCCGUCAACAUGGAGAUGAACAACUGCGUCCCGUUCGCCAUCGUCGGCAGCAUCGACUUUGUGAAGAAGGAGAACGGGAAGCUCGUGCGGGCCAGGCGUUACCCUUGGGGUAUAGUGGAAGUGGAAAACGAGCAGCACUGCGAUUUUGUGAAGCUGCGCGAGGCGCUACUCCGGACGAACGUCGACUCGCUCCGUGAUCGAACUCAUACGGUGCUUUACGAAAACUACAGGCGCGAACGGCUACGCGAGAUGAGCGUCGGCGACGGUGACACGGGACCCAGGAUGGCACAAGCUUGUGUGCAGAAGUCUAAAGAGUUCACCUACGAGAUCCAGCGCAAGGACGCCGAGCUGCGCGAGGAGUUCAGCCGCCGGUUGACGCAACGGGAGGGCGAGCUGCGCCAGGAGGAGGAGACUCUCAACGUCCGCAUGUGCCAAAUCGAGAAGGAGUACGAGGCCCAAAUCAAGGCAAUCGAAGCCGAGAUGAAGCUGCUCAUUGACGAGAAGACGCGCCUCGAGUCCAAGACGCUGAAGCGCGGCAAGAAA